AUGCCACUGCUAGAUCUGCCAGAUGACAUUCUCUCCAUCGUGCUGUCUUACCUGACCCCCGAGGACUACCUCAGGUUCUGUCGGGUGUCAAAGCAAGUGUAUGUCAAGUAUCGUCAGGACUCGGUAUAUUGGAGGAAUGAGACCUCAGACACAUUCCGACUGCCUAUAAGUCCCCUGCUCGCUGCAGAUGGCCCUCGCUGGUACUGGCUGUACAAACGACUCAAGACCCAAACCCGCCUCUACACAUGGGGCCAAGGAGUUAAAGGGAAUCUAGGCCUUGGGAGAGCCAUCUCGGUCCCUCAUCGUCCGCCACCACAUGUUCCACAGCGAGUACUUCCGCGAGUCCCUGCUCGGCCACAGCCAGGGAUGCUUCCUCCACGACCGACUCCUGCCAGGAUACCUCCGCGUCAAAUCUUUCAUAGAACCUCCUCCAGCUGGCCCACCGAGGCGCACAUUCCAGGCGAGAUGGGCGUAAUUACCGAUCUUCAGUGUGGAGGGUGGUCGACGACCAUCCUAUCUGCCAAGGGAAAGCUAUACACCACGGGCUCAAUUGAUUCAAGGGAUGGCAGGACAAUAGGUGAAGCAUUUGAAUCCUUUCAGCAACUCGAAUACUUGACGCAGAGCACGUCUGCAAUCCGACAGUUUUCUUCCGGACGUUCUCACGUCCUAGCGUUGACCGAUCACGGGCAAGUCAUCUCUUGGGACAGAAUCAAUGCGAAAGGGUUGAUUGUAUACUCGAGAAGCGGGUUGCCCUUCGGAGGCAAGCCGACAAGAGUCGCCGCAGGCUGGGGAGAAAGCUCUGCCUACGCGCCCGAUAUAGGCAUCGUAUACUGGACUCCCUUGCAAAACGACCAGACAGAUGAAAUGGAGGACUCGAAGCCCGUGAAUGAAAAGGUGGUUCCGGGAACUGCUCUUCGAGCUACCGAGAAAGGGCACGUCGAAGUCAUCAAGCACAUCGUUCUCGAAGAUUUCAUCGUCUAUAUCACGAACGAGUCCAAGGCGUAUGCCUGUUGUAUGCGCACAGACAACCCAACCCAGUCCGAACCGUCGCAAUCCCCCUUCGAGAUGCCAGGAUACAGCGCACCAGACCGUGAGCUGAAGGAUAUCCAGGGCUCGUUCCGGAGGUUCAGCGUCUUCACGGCUGCAGGCGAGGUCUUAUCCGGCGAUGUCGACUACAUCAGACGAUGCGCCGACGCGGCUCGAACGUAUCCGGAAGCAGUGUCAUCGGGCGAUUGGUCCACCUUGACCACCUUGCUCGCUUCCAGACCGCAAGAUGUUCCUGCCUUGCAGCACACUGGUGUCAUUGCAUUGGCGUACGGUGACUAUCAUUACCACGCCCUGCAUGCCAACGGCAAGAUCACCUCCUACGGCACUGACUCUCAGAGUUGUGGAUCACUAGGUCUUUCUGGCCCGGAGAACGGUGGACGUUUCCGCGGUCUCCGUCGCGAAAGAGCGGGCACCCGCAGUGACGCGGAGUUGCUUCCCAUCGCGAACACCCGAGGCCGACAAAUCUGGUUCGAGCCCGAGAGGAAGGCCUGGCUGCAGUGGAUGGAAGACAAGCUCAACGAGCCGCUCCUUGCCGCGAAUGGCCAACCAGCUCGCCAAAUCUGGGACGUAGACGCCGUCAAACAGGCCGCGUUCAGCGAGUGGGUCGAGCAGGAAGGGAGGCACUGGGAGGAAGGGCCAGUGAGUGGCGUGUUCGCCGAAGGAGAGUCUGCCCACGCCACCAAAACCGACAGAGCAGGCGACUACGCAAACCUGGGAUCCUACUUUCCGAUUGCGAUCGCCGCCGCGGGCUGGCAUAGUGGAGCUUUGGUCCUAGUUGACGAGGACAGAGCCCACGCAGUCUGGUCUAAGUGGGUGGCUCGUCGAGAACAAGACCCCGAUGACGACAAGAUGCGUUCCAUGCCCGGUGCGUUUGAAAGUCUCGAACCCGACAAGACGUACAUAUGGAAGAAGGGCGGGUUUCCGAAAGUGAUACUGCCCGAUGGAUUUGAAAUGCCCGGCGAGGGCGAGCCACGACCGUGGAGGGACGGGACACCGACCAUGCAGGAGCUGGGGCUGGGGAUUUAG